GGUUGAAUGGGGAAGCUGCGAGGUCAAGUCGGCUGCAUCUUGCAUUACAUUGCAGCAGCUGCUGCCGUCCAGUUGUCCGUUCAGGGCGAGUUCAGGUAUGUACCGAGCACCCUCUGGCCAAAAAGACCGAUACACCAAAAACCGACUCAAGAUGGGCCCGCCCCCAAGUCCCGUUCACGAACGCAUCACUCCCUAACAAGCUGUGUACACACCAUUAGACUAGAUAAAUGAGUGAUAUUGGGGUAGUAGAAAUAGCAAC